UAGAAAGAACAGACCAAAAGUGUGACAAAUAUAUUUUUUCUCAUUCUAACUUGUUACAGCAGUGCAACUAAAAAAUUUCAUCUAAAGUAUGCAGAGUCCAAUUAAGAAUUAACUGUUGUUAGCUAGUAAUAAUGACAAGCGAUCAUCGUGAAAGAUAUAACGCACUUACGGCAAAUGUGUGAAACGUAAAGCGACAAGUUUGCUUGGGAUUUGUUUCGUAAGACUGCGUUUAAACUUUAGUUUUUAAUACACGAAAGAUUUAUUUCGGAAAUUCAACUGGGGAAUUUAAAGAAAAAGAAGAAGAAAGAUUUUAUAGUGUCUAUUAAAAAUAUUUACCAUUUAAUUUUUGCUAGUUUGGUUAACUUACACAAUUUCAAGUUAAAGUAAGAUAAAACGCAAGAUUUUUUUCGGAAGACAUGGAUAUUGUUAUAAAAUUGAACGAACAAACGGCAGGAAGAGACAAAAUAAUAAGAUUGCUUCAAUAUGGGAGUCGAGCGUAUUGGUACUACGCACAAAAUGGGCACAGCACAAGAUAUUCUGCAGAAAUUUUGAGAAGUUUGGAAUUCACUUUUAGUUCAUUUCGAAAACUAUUGCGCUUUGGAAGAUGCUUAGAUAGCUUGUAUUUUGCCCUAAAAAUUAUCAAGUAUCCAGAUCCUAUGGUGAGAAUAACAUUAAUCAUGGCAAAGAUGGCAAAUGCUUUGUACUUACUGGCAGAUCAUUUGAUCUGGAUUGGCAGAGUAGGAAUUGUGCGAGUCGAUUUAGAAAAGUGGAAUAAAGUUGCUAACAAAUAUUGGUUACUAACAAUCAUUAUGAGUUUAACGAGAGAUAUUUAUGAAAUUCUUAAGAUUUCGAAACAUGAGAAGAAUGCAUUUAAGCAACGUUAUACAUUAUCUUGCCUAAAAAAUCAUAAGGAAAUAAUGAUGGAUACUGUGAAAAAUGUAUGUGAUUUGUUCAUUCCAUUAACAGUAUUGGGCGUCACAAAAUGUACUCCAGGUACAAUAGGUUUACUUGGAAUAAUUUCUUCGCUGAUUGGUUUAUAUACAAUAAUUGAUCCACUUUAUAAGUUGUCUCCAUCCUAGGAUAAGACAUUUUAUCAAAUUUGCUCAUAUGAUAUAUUGUGUACUCAAUUUGAUAUAUGUACGUUAAAUCAUUUAUAUAUGUACAUAUAUAAUAUGCGAUUGAAGGUUAUUUAUAAGUGUACAUAGGGACAGAGGCAAUAUUCUUAUAUGUACUAAAAUGUUAUGUAAUUUUAUAAUUACUUAUUAAAUGAGAAAAUAAAUGAGGUUUAUAUAA